ACAGUCUGCUGAUUAAAAAUGUUCCACCGAUUCUUCAUUCUGCUUUGGCUGCUCAAGGCUGUCUGUUCAGCUCAUUCCACAGGCACUGUAGCCACCAGCUGUGAGUCCUGUCAUCCACUGGCUCGAUGCCACACCUCCCUCCAUGACAACAGUGUGGAGACUGUGGGCGUGUCCUGCCACUGUGAGGGCGGCGUGGUGGGAGAUGGAUUCACCUGCUACAACAAAACCACCUGCGACGAUGGCUGCUGCGACCGAGGUUACCGCUGGUCGCCGCUGCAGGGCUGCGUGGAUAUCGAUGAGUGUUUGCUGCCCCGGCCUCCCUGUGGUCUCGGCCAGCUCUGUGAAAACACCAGAGGCUCCUUCACCUGCCUGGUGGCGACCCCUGAUCCACAAAGUCAAACCGCACCCCGGUCAGUGAAGUUUGCCUGCGGUGGCACACAGUGCCCUUUUGGUCAGGACUGCCUCCAUGUGAAUGGCACAUCUCAGUGCAUUGACCCCUGUCAGCACUACACUCCGUUACAAGAUGACUGGCGAGCCACAGACUUCAGGGUGGACCCAGAGUCUGUGGCCUGCGACAGCCGCACAGAUUGGCAGGGCUGGUACCGUCUGUUCAUCGGUAACAACAGUGUCCAGAUGCCAGAGAGGUGCAUUGAGAGUCACAUGUGUGGGACCGAUGCUCCGCUGUGGCUGCGGAGUCCCCACCCGCUGGACUCGGAGGGCAUUGUACGGGCGGAAGUUUGCGGCAGCUGGGAAGGAGAUUGCUGCCAGUUUCAGUCCAACCUCAUCCACGUCAAAGCCUGCCCAAGAAACUACUACGUCUACAAGUUUGUGAGCCCGACUUUGUGUCGACUAGCUUACUGUGCAGAUGUAAACACCGUGGUGUGUAGUACCUGCGCUGAAGGCAAGACCUGUGUGAGCGAUGACAAGAUCAACUGGAGGUGUGGAGAUCCAGUAGUUUCAGCUCCUCGGGUGAGGCUGGUAAACGGUAACUCAGAGUGCUCUGGGAGGGUGGAGGUCCUCUAUAACAACCAGUGGGGAACAGUGUGUGAUGAUCUUUGGGAUUUAAACGACGCCCAGGUGGUCUGCAGACAGCUGCAGUGUGGCCCCGCCCAGUUGGCACUUGGUAGCACCAACUUUGGACAGGGUACCGGACCGAUCUGGUUGGACGAUGUUGCCUGUACAGGCAGCGAGUCGGCAUUAUCAGAAUGUGGCCAUCCAGGGUUCGGAACUCAUAACUGCAACCAUGCUGAAGAUGCUGGUGUCGUCUGUUCAGAUGAACUUGGUGGUUUUCCAGAGCCGGAGCUGGACUGUGGACAGGACCACCUGCGCCUGAUGGUCCAGAAGAGGCUGCUGGAGGAACGAGGGCUGAACGCCUCCUCCGCCCACCUGAUCGACCCGCGCUGCCAGCAGCAGGUCGACCACCAGGAGGCGAUGUGGUACCUGGUGGAGCGAAGGAAGAGUGUCUGUGGAAACGUGGUGAAGCCAUGUUAG